AUGCCUUUCCGCAUAUUCGAGUGUCUGGAUGCCCCUAGCGUUCUUCUGACCAGGCACCUGCCUCCCCCGAUCGCCUUUCCAGAGAACGCCGCGAAGAGCGGCAUUUUAAAGGCAGACAAAGAUGGUUCUAUCAGGGAAGAACAAAGACGACCCUCCGAGGGCGCGUCAAGUUACGUUGCAGGGAGGGGGCCCUCAAGGCCUUUUGUGGGAACCGUCCCCUCGGCUGCAGCUUGGAUUCCGUCGGAAGGCAUCUGUGAAUCGACCCGUCAAGCAGAAUGCGAAAAAGGAGUGGCUGCUGACCUCCGUGGGAUUCUUCGCACAAGUACAGAGGAACUUCGCAAUUUUUCCGUGUUGGCUGCCUCCGCGGCAAAAAAGCCCAACCGCAUGGGGCCCCAAGGAAGUCAGGGGCUUCCGCCGCUGGUGCCUGCGAUUGCAGCUGAGCUGCCGACUCCCGAGGAUCUUGUCUUCUGCUGCUCCCCCGCACCUUCGGAGGCAGUGCCCGCAGAAGCAGCUCCGCCGCUAGCCACACUACGCUGCCAUCCUCUUGGACUGGCCUCCGAAACAUGUAGCCAGUUCCUGCUGGAGAGGGGCCUCAAAGGCCUUGCUUCCGCGCUGCUCUCCGUCAAUGGCUCGAGGCGUGCGGAAGACUCCGGGGGCCCCUCCCUCGCGCUUGCGUGGUGGCCACCCAGUGCAGCGUGGGAGCCUGCAGAAAUACCCCUAAGCCCCAGUUUGAUAGUCGCGCCUUUUCAGAAGGCCCUCUGCGGAGCUGCAAAGGCUGCCUGCCUAGUCGCCCAAGGGGGGCCCCUCUUUGGCGUCUCCGCAGCAACGUAUACCGAAGUUCUACGCGGAGUUCAAGAAGCAGUUAGUCACUUUCGACAGCAAGCAGCAGCAUCGGCUGCUGCUGCUGCAGCUGCAGCAGCUCCAGGCGAGGAUCCAGCUGUAGAAGUUGUAUUCAGGGGUACCGUAUUGGCGAUAAAUUCUGGAGGUUUUGGAGCGCUAAAGGCUCUAAGUGAACUCUUCAGAGGGUCAGAAUUUACAUGCUCCAAUCGGAUCCAGUGGUUGAGCAGCACCAGUAACAGUCACAGCACCACGUUCGGAGCGCAUUUUGAAGACAGGUGGCAGCGGCUGCCACCAGAGGUGGAGACGCAGCUCCAAGAUGUUUGUUGCUCCUUGACGGCUGCUCUUCCUGGUGCUGGAGCAGCUGAAAUAACAGUUCCCAUUGACGGGACGAGAUACGUGAUUCCAAGUGCAGAGGUGAAGCGGAUGCUGCAGGGCCAUGGCAAACCAUGGAUAGCAGCACAACCAGCGUCGGCGUCAGCAGGUAGCAGUAGCAGUGUUUUGGUGUGCCGUAUUGCGUUAUUGCCACCCCAGGAGCAGCGGAGGCAGUUGGACGAGUCUCCUGUGGCAUUCCUGUAG